AGCAGGCCGGCUGCCCGCCAGUCGGUGGGUCUGGGCACUGCAGCAGGCUCGGCUCUGUCCCAGCACUUGUCUGGAGAAAAGUGGUGUACUCACCCAGAGAGAAUCUCUUUCCACCUUCCUUCUUUCUCGAUCUCUCUGUGUGCUCUUGUGUUGCUUUCCUUUUUCUUUUUUUUUUCUUUCUUUCUUUUUUUUUUUUUUUUACUUAAUUAUAUUCCUAAUCCUGGAUGAAGUUGCUGGAUUCUGCAGCACAAGUCUUCAUGAACAAGCAGCACCGCUCAGAGAUUUCACGGCAUUCAAAGAUCACAGAACUGCCACUAUGGUUAAAUGUCUUGUUUAAUGGUUGAGAGGUGUGGUGAACUCUUGUUUGAAAGCCCUGAUCAGAAUGUCAAAUGUGUUUGCAUGCUAGGAGAUGUACGACUAAGGGGUCAGACGGGGGUUCCUGCUGAACGCCGCGGCUCCUACCCAUUCAUUGACUUCCGCCUACUUAACAAUACAACUCACUCAGGGGAAAUUGGUACCAAGAAAAAGGUGAAAAGACUGCUAAGCUUUCAGAGAUACUUCCAUGCAUCAAGGCUGCUUCGUGGAAUUAUACCACAAGCCUCUCUCCACCUACUGGAUGAAGACUAUCUUGGACAAGCAAGGCAUAUGCUCUCCAAAGUGGGAAUGUGGGAUUUUGACAUUUUCUUGUUUGAUCGUUUGACAAAUGGAAAUAGCCUGGUAACACUGCUGUGCCACCUCUUCAACACCCAUGGACUCAUUCACCAUUUCAAGUUAGAUAUGGUGACCUUACACAGGUUUUUAGUCAUGGUUCAAGAAGAUUACCACAGCCAAAACCCAUAUCACAAUGCUGUUCAUGCGGCUGACGUCACCCAGGCCAUGCACUGCUACCUGAAGGAGCCAAAGCUCGCCAGCUUCCUCACACCUCUGGACAUCAUGCUUGGACUGCUGGCUGCAGCGGCUCAUGAUGUUGACCAUCCAGGGGUGAACCAGCCAUUUCUGAUCAAAACUAACCACCACCUCGCCAACCUCUAUCAGAAUAUGUCUGUGCUGGAGAAUCACCACUGGCGAUCUACAGUUGGCAUGCUUCGAGAAUCAAGGCUUCUUGCUCACUUGCCACAGGAAAUGACACAGGAUAUUGAACAGCAGCUGGGCUCCUUGAUCUUGGCGACAGACAUCAACAGGCAGAAUGAAUUUUUGACCAGAUUGAAAGCUCACCUUCACAAUAAAGAUUUGAGACUGGAGGAUGUACACGACAGGCACUUUAUGCUUCAGAUUGCCUUGAAGUGUGCUGACAUUUGCAAUCCUUGCAGAAUCUGGGAGAUGAGCAAGCAGUGGAGUGAAAGGGUCUGUGAAGAGUUCUACCGGCAAGGUGAUCUUGAACAGAAAUUUGAACUGGAAAUCAGUCCUCUUUGUAAUCAACAGAAAGAUUCAAUCCCUAGUAUACAAAUUGGUUUCAUGACCUACAUUGUGGAGCCCCUCUUCCGGGAAUGGGCCCGUUUCACUGGAAACAGCGCCCUGUCUGAGAACAUGCUAAGUCAUCUUGCACACAACAAAGCCCAGUGGAAGAGCCUGUUGCCCAAACAGCACAGAAGCAGCAGUGGUGGCAGCAGCGGUGGCGGCGGCGGCCCAGACCACACAGACCACGGGACUGAGAACGAGGAGCAGACUGGGACUGAAAGCGUCGCCCCAUAGAGCCAGCCAGGACUGCCCCCUGCUCUGCACACUGAGAGAAGGAGAACUUGAGUAGAGGCCUCCUAAAAGGGUAGAAGCUCUGAGAAGUCCUUGCUGAUAAACCCAGCCACUGUCUGGAUUUCAUCCUGGGGUUGUUUGGAAUGCCACCCUCCUACUACUUACCUGCCUCCCCUCCUUUUUCCAAGUGUACAGAAGCCAUUCGUCACCUCAGCAUUAACUGCCGAAAUGAGCAACUCCAUUCAGUAACCGGGGAGCCGAUUCCAGGGGCAGGCCUGCCUGCCCUUCAAGGAGAAGACGGAGGUGUAAGAAAGAGGUGCUUGUGCCAUGUCCCCCAGGGCCCCUGGGUCACAUUGUGACAGGCAGCUGUUCCAACGCCCAGAGCAUUUUAGCAUAUGCCAUCUGACUGCUGAUCUGCAUGACAAAAACACCAGCAUAUUUGCAACUCCAAGGAUAUUGGUCUUAAGUGCAAGAGCACAAAUGAGAACGUGAGAGGAAGUACCUUCUAUUUUAAUAAUAAUUAUUACAAAAUAAUAAUAAAUCUUUUUAACUUUUAUAUUUUAUGCACUAGACAAUGGAUCUAAAACUUUGGACUAAGAUUACUCAGUGUACCCAAACUUGAACAGGGGGUUCAUUGUUUUGUUACUGACUUUAUGCCACUUUAGGUAAGAGGUUUGGCAUCUUCGCAAUUUAAGAAACUACAUUUCCUAUCCGAUCCGAGGGGAAGGUGCUGUACAGUUCAUUCCUUUCUUUGCACCAUUAGCCAAUCUGUCUUUUAUCAAUAACUCAUUUUCAGUGACAUGUUUAUAUUCACACCUGUACAUUUUCUGUAAAUACCAAGCGCUACUGAUUCCCAUGCCAAAAUACAUGAGUAUUAUGGGAUUGCUACCUGUAUAAACAAUGGCACUGUGAACAGAAUAAUGUUAGUUUUAAUACAAGAGGAUGCAUUUGUAAAUAUGGUAUAGAGUUUAUUAAUAUACUAUUGUUUGCAGAUAAAGGCCUUAACUUUAAACAUCUGUCAUCUUCCGAAAGCUGCCCAACUUAAAUCCUCACAGAUGUUCUUCUGAACUGCCUUCCCAUGUCCAUCUUUAUGCUUUCCAGCUAAAGUCACAAACCAAAACUGCAUAAAGUCUUUGAGGAAAUAUUUUGGAAACUUCACAUGCAUUCCACUUGAGACCAUAGUGUUUCAUCUAUGGCACCAAGCAUCGUUUCCUCUAAUUAAUGAGACCCUUCAGCAAACCUGAAGUCACCUUUCAAUGCAGAGAUGUUGCACAUUCUGUUUCCACAAGCCCGCUGAUAAGCUUGUGUUUAUGUGACUCUUGUCAUGGAACGUGGCGGUGUGUCAACCGCGCAGGAGACAUAGCAGGGCUCACAAACCUUCUCUGACCCUGUCAUCUAACCGUCAGGGAAUUCCCUGCUCCCCUACCACACUUUCGUCUAUUAUGGCUACAGUACCAAAGCACCUUUGGGUUAUGGUUGGCGUGCAUUUCUUUGGUGUUAAUAGUAACUGGAUUUUUCUUGUUCCUUAAUUUCUUGUGAACAACUAUCCAACUGUUUAGCUGAAGUUAACAUGAUUUAAGUAAAGAAAAUAUUUCAGUUUUCUGACAGAAUUGACCUUCCUGGCAGGUCAUUGUGCUUACUUAUGGCUCCAGCUAGCACAGUCACCUUGGAAUUUUGUUGCCAUUUUUUCUGCACACACUUGGCCGUAAAAUCAAUUUAUUACAGCAUUCUUCUCUAGUUGGCUAAACUUUGUGCAUUGAACCUUUCCUUUAGAAGUUCUAGCAUAACUAAUGUUAGAUGAAAAUUGGUGAUGCCCCUUUAUGUUUUACCUUAAGCAAUGUGGUAGUGAAAGAAUGACAGUACGAUCAUUUCUGCCACUAUCAAGCUGUUUCACAAGCUGAUAGAAUGACAGCUAACUCUCAUUUCCUAAGUGCAACUGUUGUUUUUUUUUCCUCCUAACAAACAAAUGAAAUGUUAGAAGCUUGACUGGAUUGUAACAAGUUCCUGUAGAGAGACUGAGGCUUGCAGAGUUAAGGUUUAGGGGUAAUUUUGUAAAGUUGGUCAUAUUUUCAUUAAAGUCAGAGAGAUUUUCAGAUGGUACUAAAGAAAGUGUGAAAACCUCAUGAAAUGGGUGGAUGAUAAGUUGAAAUUGUUGGUAGGGGUAAGGAGGGAAGUUGUGAAAACUAAACACUAACUUUAUUUUUCUGUAAUAACUAUGGAUUGACAUGAUUCUUUAUUGCUUUAAUACUAUGACGUUCUCAGCUUGGUAAGGCCCCAAAAGAGAAUAUGUUGAAUGUAUUCCU